UGAGCGGCUGGUGACUGUUCGCAAAAGCUGCAGGGGGGUGGGUGUGAAGUUAUGCGAAGUGCGAAAAAACGGUCUGUUAUGAGCUAACCGAACCGUCGCAGUCGACAAGUCACAGCUGGUAAUGGGCGAAACGUCAUCCGAAUGACAUUGCUACUACCAAAAAUCGACUGACACGCCUGGGAACCCUCCUCGCUAGCUGAUUUGCCUCGUAACAUGGACGGCAAGCAAGUGUGGCAGGCCAAAGCGCUGUAUGACUUUGAAGCGCAGGCACCUGGUGAAAUUAGUAUUUGGGCAGAUGAAACAGUCACCGUCAUUAACAAGAAUGUUGGUGAAGGCUGGUGCGAGGGUGUUAACAGCAGAGGCGAAACUGGGUUGUUUCCCGAGGACUACGUGGAGAUCCUCCCAGCCGGCCCUCCUCCUCCAUCAGUGCCACCACCACCUCUGCCGCCCAAGUACGAGACAGGCCAGUCAGCUGUGUCCACCACUGCGACCACGACGCCAUCGUCUGUGCAGUAUGAUAAUGGCGAUGACUGGGAUGAUGACUGGGACGACGAUGACUCAAAUCAGGGAGCACAGGACAUGCAUCAGCCUCCGCAGCUGUCUGGGCCGUGCAAUUAUGGCUUGUUCCCACCCAACCGCUCGUCUAUACAAGAGGCUGGCAGCAAAGGAGACGCCACAUCCAAGGGUGGAACAGUAAAACGUUUUAAUCGGUUUUCAAAUUUUGUUAAAUCCGGUGGGGAAUCGUGGCUUCUAGGACUGAUCAAGCCUGUUGUGCCAAGUGACGAGCAAAUCCACAUUGUGGAGUGUGACGGAACGAUCAGCUGGGCCUGCACCAUGGACCCGUAUUACUGCGAAGUGUCCUCUCCGAAGAAAGAGAGCAAGUUCAAGGGGUUCAAGAAUUACAUCGCCUACCAGCUGAAGCCAACGUUCAACGACGUGCCGGUCAGCCGCCGCUACAAGCACUUUGACUGGCUUCAUGAGCGGUUGCAGGAGAAGUUCUCCCUUAUUCCAGUGCCCCCACUGCCGGAUAAGCAGAUUUCAGGCCGCUACCAGGAUGACUUCAUUGAGCACCGGAUGGCGAAGCUGCAGUUGUGGGUCAAUAGAAUAUGGCAGCACCCUGUCAUGUCACAGAGCUCGGUCUGGAUGCACUUCCUCACGUGCAACGACGAAAAGAGAUGGAAGAUGGGCAAGCGGAAAGCCGAAAAGGACGAACUCAUGGGAACGAACCUGUUCGCAGCCUUCCAGGUGCCGCAAAGCAGCCUCGACCCACUUGCUGUUGAAACAAAGGCGGACACCUUUGGCAAACUCACACAGAAGAUGGAUGACGGCGUGAACCACUUGUACAAAACCUCUCAGGACCAGAUCAAAAAGUGCUCAAAACACUACAAGUACGAAUGUGAGAAAAUUGCCAGUUCCCUCAAGGAAUUAGCAAGCGCAUUCGACCUGGAGAAAUCACUGCCUGCAGCUCAGCUGACGGAGGCCCUAAAGCACACAGAGGAAACAUACAAGCAUAUUGGGAUCAUGUACGAGACCAAGCUCCAGCGCUACUGGGAGUCCCUUGGUGAUGUCCUGUUUAUGUACAAGGGUGUCCUCGCUGUAUGGCCAGACAUUGUCAGCUUCCACAAGUCGUUCCUGAGCAAGCACAAGGAGUAUCAAAAGAUGCGCGAUGAGGUGAAGCUGUCGCAGGAGGACCUCGAAGGGAUCCGGCAGCGCAUGGAUGUCGUCUCGUAUGCCAUGCUAGCUGAAGUGAGCCACUUCCAGAAGCAGAAAGUGCACGACUUCAAUGCUGCCAUGCACGACUUCCUGGGUGGUCAGAUCAGCUUCUAUGAAGAGAUUGUGAAGAACCUGAAAGAAGCUCAAAGCAGGUACAUGACAGCACCGCAGUAGCAGCUCAUGAUGAAGCCUACAAUGCAGCAGUCUUCCCUCGCCAGCCUGCAUCGAAUGCACCUUGCGAAAGCAACGUACGAAGGCCUGGCGUCCUAAUCGAGGUACCGCGACCGGUGCACACCCAAAUUCAUAACUCUUACUCCUCUGCCUCGUACAUGUCGGUCUAGCUGUUAAGCGCGACGAGGUAUCGAGAGACCAUACUAUCACGGUGGAGGUGCGAGUGCCUUUGCUGUCAAUGUCUCGAGACUAUUCUUUGCAUGUGUGCCACACCCACUGUGGCCGUUCUCGAAAUCAAAUCUUUUCCCAUUUUCACAAAUGUGAGCACACUUGACCGUCUGUCCGGGCAGCUUUUUCCUUUUUACUCGCACCAAUAGGAUAUGCAUGAUAAAAAAAAAUCGUGUAUCAAACGCUGUCAGUUGUGCACCAGUAAGAAGAAUGUUAAACAUGUCGUCAUCAAUUGAGGGGCUGUGACGGUUGUUUUUAAGUGUUUUUUCACUGAGAUGUUUAUGCCUAGCCACACUUUUAUACGAGCGUUUUUUGAGAUAUGCGUUGUCAGUUAGGUUUGUCCUAACAAAAGCCGUUUUAUUAAGCCGAUGUGGCUGCAAGUAACAGGUUAGUUGCAUAAUGUAAGUGCAACCUCUCUGUCCGAGAGUAGUUUUAUACAGCUUGUAGUCUCUUGCGUGACAUGGUACGUAGUUGGAUGCUUGAUACAGAGUGUUAGAGCAUGCCUGUUGCACGUUUGAAAUGAUAGCAAGCAGAUGUAUUUUUUUCUGUUGAGUAUCAUAAGACUGUAUCCUAAACGUUCCGUAUUGCUUAAGCUAGUGAUGAACAUUGUUUUGAAAUAAAAGAAGUGUUCGCACACAGU